CCUGUUCCGGCAGGCGCUCGGCGGGUCGGGGUGGAGGCUGCGCAUGUCACCAGGGAACGGCACCAAAGUUCUGUGUCUGGGGCGCGGGUUUGGGAUCCUGGGCUUUGUCUCCUGCACGUUCGGGGCGUUCCUGAUGUGAGUUCUAAAAGUGUAGCGGUGGUUGAACUUUUUGGCCCUCUUGAGUUCUGUGGAGGCAUUUUUGCUUUUGAUCUGACAGCCUGUGUGGCCUUCAGCAUCCCUAGUGCUGUGCUGCAAUUAAGCCUAAAAGCUCCUUGUUAUUGAACAAAGAUCUUGGGCAGACGUAAAACAACCUUGUAAAUCGCUCCUGAGUGUCGCAUUCAAGGCCUUUUGUCGACUGAAAACUCUGCUCCAAACAGAAAAUAAAAGCAAAAACCAGGUAUCUGGAGAAUAAAGAAAGCCGUGUUAAAAGUCAACCUCUAAAUAAAUACCUGCAUAUACAACCUUGAUUGUGCCUUCCAGAAACACAGCCUCUGCCUCACCACGUACUUGCACGUGCUUUAAUCUGUCUGUUUGUGAUUAAAGUGAUGACCUGCCAAGACGUAUAAAUCCAGCAGGUUAAGUAUGUGAUUCUGUGAAGCGCUCUGUGAGAUCUAAACUCCAGAUCCCUUGUCCCUUGUGAGUUCUCUGGUUCACUGGGUUGUUUGUUUGGUGUUUGUGCAUUUGUGGUCUGUACAUAGAAAGUGUUUUUGGUUUGUAUCAGGAGGGUACGUUGACAUCUGUCUGAUACUAGACUGGUGAAUAGGAAGAAGGUCCCAUCUCUGGCCUGUUUGUGGAAGCUGGGAUGAUGAAGGCACUGCAGUGGGAACGUGCUGUGGUACAGGGUUGAAGCUCCAGCCCAUGUCUGGUAGUUAUAGAGCAAUUGGAAGGGUUACGUGCAGAGUUCUGGUAAAGAUGGAAGAAUCUCAUUUCAACUCCUCCCCGUACUUCUGGCCAGCGGUGCCCACUGUCUCAGGACAGAUUGAGAACACCAUGUUUAUUAACAAGAUGAAGGAGCAGCUAUUGCCCACAGAGAAGGGCUGCAGCCUGGCUCCCCCCCACUACCCCGCCUUGCUGACAGUGCCCACCUCUGUGGCCCUGCCCACCGGCAUCUCCAUGGACUCGGACACCAAGCCGGAGCAGCUGACACCACACAGCCAAGCCCCUGUGACUCAGAACAUCACCGUGGUACCAGUGCAGUCUGCGGGGCUCAUGACAGCAGGUCCUGGUCUGGUGAUAACUUCCCCGUCAGGUUCCCUGGUGACCACAGCCGCCUCUGCCCAAACCUUUCCCAUCUCAGCUCCCAUGAUUGUCUCUGCACUACCCCCUGGCUCCCAGGCAGCCCUCCAGGUGGUUCCAGAUCUGUCCAAGAAAGGGACAACCACCCUCACUGAAGGUGGUGGGGGUGGCGGGGGUGGGGGAGUUGCCCCCAAACCACCCCGGGGCCGGAAGAAGAAACGAUUGCAGGAGUCGGGGCUGCCAGAGAUGAGCGACCCCUUUGUGCUGACAAAUGAGGAUGAUGAGGACCAGCACAAGGAUGGCAAGACAUACAGUAGUUCCGUGAGCAGCGGAACUAAUGAAGCCUGGUUUCCAGCGGCUCUCUCCUGUGUGGAUUCUCUGAUGUCUAAUCAAGGGUGCCGGAUGUGUUCGCUGACCUUCUACUCCAAGUCGGAGAUGCAGAUCCACUCCAAGUCCCAUACGGAGACAAAGCCACACAAGUGUCCUCACUGCUCCAAGAGCUUCGCCAACAGCUCCUACCUGGCCCAGCACAUUCGCAUCCAUUCAGGGGCCAAGCCCUACACGUGCAGCUACUGCCAGAAGGCCUUCCGCCAGCUCUCCCACCUGCAGCAGCACACACGGAUCCACUCCAAGCUCCACACGGCGAUUGUCAAGCCGCACAAGUGUCCUCACUGCUCCAAGAGCUUCGCCAACACAUCCUACCUGGCCCAGCACCUCCGCAUCCACUCGGGGGCCAAGCCCUACACCUGCCGCUACUGCCAGAAGGCCUUCCGCCAGCUCUCCCACCUGCAGCAGCACACACGUAUCCACACUGGGGACCGACCCUACAAAUGUGCUCACCCUGGGUGUGAAAAGGCUUUCACCCAGCUUUCCAACCUGCAGUCCCACAGACGGCAGCACAACAAAGACAAACCUUUCAAGUGCCACAACUGCCACCGUGCGUACACGGAUGCUGCCUCGUUGGAGGUACACCUGGCUACGCACACGGUGAAACACGCCAAGGUCUACACCUGCUCCAUCUGCAGCCGGGCCUACACCUCGGAGACGUACCUGAUGAAGCACAUGCGGAAACACAACAUCCCUGACCCCCAGCAGCAGGUGGUUCAGGCACAAGCCCAGGCCUCGCAGCAGCAGCAGCACUUCCAGCCGCAGGGUGGGGGGGCAGCAGGGGGCCCUUCUGGAGACACUAACCAACCCAACCCGCCCCCCCAGUGCUCCUUUGACCUGACUCCUUACAAGACUUCAGAGCAUCACAAGGACAUCUGCCUCACUGUCAGCACCAGCGCCAUCCAAGUGGAGCACCUCUCCAGCUCCUAGAGAGACCUCAACCCAGGGAGCAGAACGCCUCUUGUGCAUAGCCUGUGCCCAGGGGCACCGCCUGUGCAGCGGCCCUCCUUGUGCAACAGUCUCCGGCCUCUCCUCCUGCAACAGCCUCUUCUGGCCGUGUAACCCUGUUCAUGGCAGCCCCUUGAACAACAGCCUGUCUCAAGGGGGUGCUCCUUCUGUGCAACAGCCUGCCUGGUAGGAGGAUGCUUCCUUGUGCAAGAGCCCCUUUCCUGUGCUGGGAUCACUUCCUCAUGCAAGAGCCCCUCCUUUCAAACCCAAAGAAAGGCCCCCGUUUUGCCUUCUCUCUCACUGUAGGAUGCGUAUGAAGGGGGGUUGCGUGUUGAGACACGCACGGUGGAUGGGAUGGAGAGACGGCCCUUGUACGUACAGGGGCUUGGACACAUGUUUUCAGCAGGCCACAGAAGAAUGUGGCAGGGUUCACAGCUGGAUGGGGUUCUUUGAGGAUUGCCUUGAGUGUCUAAGAGAGAAAUAUCCAUUCCUGUCCUUCCUGCUUGAGGAAGGGAGGAGGGGUCGCUCGUCCUGCCCCAAGGACUGGAUAGGAGAAACCUUCUCCCCAGUUGAAGGUGAGACCAGUGGAGGGGGGAGAGGUGAGGCAUGUUCUCUGGGACGGACAGAUACCUGCAGUGCUCAAGGGCUGUGGAGUAUUGCAUUCUUUCUCCUCCCCUGGUGGAGAGCAAUAGAGAGGAGUCUGUCUGAACUGGCUGCUGCCUCUCUCUCCCAGCUGUCUGAGCAGCAUGAUGGCCAAGGCCCCGUAGGAAUGUGGGUUCCUGCUCAUUGCUCUUCCUGCCUGUUGUGGAUGAUAUCCUAGCAGCUUGUACUCCUCCUCUCCCUCCUGCUUUUCCUCCCACCUCCUCAGAAAAGCCUGCAGGCAUCAACAACAAACCAAAAAGCAACUAGAGGGAGGGUAAGAGACUGCCAAAAUAAUCAUCACCCUUCUCUCUGCUCCCUUUCCUGUAAGGUGGAAAUGACAGCAGUUCUGACACUCACACACCUGUCCUGCCCUCAGUUUCCCAAAGGGAAAGAGGAGGAAGAGGAGGAGGAGGAAUAGACCAGUCUUUUCAAGGAGCCAGCAGGAGGCAGGGAAAGGCUAGCUUCUCCUGCUCACCUCCCGCCAGAGUGUUCUCCCAGGCUCCCUCUUGCCAAGACGGGCUGGACUCACACGGCAAUGGUGGCCUCUUCUGGACCCUGGUCAUGGGAGAGAAUCCCCAAAAGGUGGACAGUGGAGAGAAGGGGAUGAAGAUCCCCACAGAGAGACCAAUCUAAUGAGAAGGGGGAGCCAACAAGAAUAAACUGAAGGCCCCUUGAAUUUAUAUAUAUAUAUAUAUAUAAAUAUCUAUUCCCCACCCCGGCCCGCUCUGUCCUUGCUGUAACUGUUUCUAUCUCUGUGUUUAUAAAACGCAUUAUCCUGGCGAAUUUUUAUUUUCAAUCUUUGUUUGUUUUUCCCUUUCUCUUCGUCUUCAAUUCUUCUUCCCCCCCCCUUUUUUUUUUUUUUAUUGGUCCACAUGACUGCUAGUCUUGUGUGUCACUUGUUAGUUUCUUUGGAUCAUGGAGGCUGACUCGGAAGAGAAUGAGAAGGCAAGGGAAAAAGCGUGUUGUUGGGUUUUAAAAUCAGUCACCCACCCAAAAGCCUAUAGAAUCCCAGACUUCUGUAUGAACAACCGAUAGGGGCUUCUUUUUUUUUUUUUUUUUUUUUUUUAACCACCCUGUAUGGAAAUAAAUUGGUGUAAAAGGCUCCUUGAAGGUGCUGCCGUGAGCACCCUGCCCCUGUGACGUGUGUUCCUUCCCCCUGCACCAGACCACUGCACGAGCAUCUUGCUGCCGUGAGUCCGGAGCGGCUGUGUGGGCGGAUGCGAGGGCAGCACAUCCCUGCCUUUGGGCAGUUGGCUCAAGGAAAGCAAGGAGCUCUGCACCUGUGGUGCCUGUGGCAGAAACCUUUUUCUCUGUGUUUAGUCACCAGGGUUGGCUGUGAAUGGUUGGAGUGUUUUGUAGAUGCGUAGGUUAGGCUAAAAGAAGGUGUCUGACUUGCCUCCUGCGCUUCACAGGUGACAUUUCAAUCCAUUUAUCCUGUAGUGAGCACCAAGAACUAAUGUGCAUUUAAACUAUGUGCUGACAAAAUCUAUUGGCUUGAUUUUGAGGCACUGGGACACAGAAUCCCUUCCAUUGGUAGCCUGCUGCAAGGGCUUCACGUUCCUGCUGUUUGAAUAUUUCAGUCAGAUUUCUCCUUGCUUUGGCUUCCGGUUACUAGUUCUGUUUACAUCCAUCCCACUGAUUCAGAGAGCCUGAGCACAGUGGUGCUUUUUCCCCUGGACAGGUAUUAAAACACUCUAGUGUCUCUUCUCAGUCCACAUUUUGACAACCUAAAUAGAUGAAACUCUGUAAACCUUUCACUGUAAGGGAUUUCCUCCAGCCCAUGAAUUAUUCUUGUCUUUUCUUUCUACAUCUUGUCAAAUUUUUCAGUAUCUUAUAAAAAUGUUCCUUUUGGAUUUGAGUGUUGGAAGCCCCAGUGCCGUGGACAAGGUCCCUUAGCCUUAAGUCUGCAGAGGAUUGUGUUUGCCCAGUUCUCACAGUGUUAAACAGGAGCUGAAAUUGGCUGCUUGUCUGGUGUGACCCCUCAAUCAUCCGAAGUCUUGGCUUUCCAUGAUAGUGUUUCCCUCCUUCUGCAGGUAUGGUCUGAGUUCUUAUUUCCUAGAUGCUUCACAUGAGGCUGUGUCCAAGUCCAGUUUGUGUGAGUGGACCUGGCUGACCGAUGGACCAGGCUACUCACUGCUUUCCCAGUUCUGUGACCCACAAACUGUAUCAGUUGUUAUUUUUUUACUUGCAGAUCCAGGUUGAAAUGCUGCAUUGCAUCUGACCUACGCUAACUUGAAAAGCAUCAUUGAGUGCAACUUUUUAUUAGCUUGUUUUUGAGACUUGCAGGCUAGGCAUUUCUUAAUCCUCUUAGUAUGUGAUUAUGUACAGUAAAUCUUUCUGACUUAUGGUGCUAGGUCAAUGCCUUAUAAAAAUUUAAGUAUGUUGCACCUAUGCAGUCCCCUUUGUUAAACCAAAUGUAUAAUGAUGGCAUCUAAGAAUGAAAUUAGGGUUUGGGUUUUUUCUUUUCUUGUUUUACUACAAAAUCUCUUAUUUCAUAAAACCCUUGGAUUAUAGACUUUAUUUUUUCAUUCACUAAUUCUUCAUCUCAACGGCUUUUCCAUAAUUUUAACAUUGAGUCAUUUCAUUUGCCUUUUGGGAAUACUGCCAUGAGUGUCUUAAGGUAUUUCUCUAAUAUCCCAACUUUAAUUAAAAUGAGAAUCAAUGGGCUAGAGAGCUUGUUAGUGAACUCCUUUAGGGAUUCCUGUUUCUUUGCUGACUUCAAAAUGCGUAUCCCUAGUACAUGUUGUCUCAUUUCCUACUUUGAUACUAAGGUACUAGAUAGAAGUUGCUAUUUUCAUUUGACUGCCACAUCCUAUUCCUUUCUUUAUAUUUGUUGAUUGAUUUCCCCUAUUCUGUGUCACUAGCAUUUUCACCAUUUUUAUCUAGCAUGGAUCAGUACUAUUAGUAAGAUGAUUUUUAUUUAUUUUUUAUUGCAAGAAAUUAAAGAGCCAGAAAUUUGUUUCCUAUUACCACUAGUUUUGCUAGCCAGCAAUUUUACUUAUUUUAUAAUUUGUAACUUGUGUAAGUUGCUGUCUGGCCUUCACCUUUUCCAUCUGUUGUGUUUGUUUGAUUUUCUUUAAAUUGUUUCUUGCUCACCGACUUUCUCACUGAAGCCAGGAAGAGCUUUUACCAAAAGGUUUCCUCUUUUUCAUUGUGGAAUUAGGGCCUUUUUGACUACAUGAUAGAGUUUUCCUCACAGGAGAGUUUAAUUCACGUUUCUCUGCCUUAUUUUUUUUUUUCUCAUGGAGAACUCAGUUUAUAGUUUUGCUCACCCCUGGAAGUCAGCACAGACUCAGCAUAGGUUUAUUACUACUUGUGGCUCUCCUCUCUAUGUCCAUAUUCCAUAUGACAGGACAAAACUGCAAGUUUCACUCAAGUUAUCUCAUCUCAUAUGCAUCAUCUUUAAGUCUGAAAAAUUGACUUGGCUUGGGUGCAGUGUCUUGUAUUAAGUUGGGAAGGUUUUAAAAGUCAGAAUUACACUUUGCUGACUGGUUGAAUUCCCUGGGGAAUGGCUCACAAGUUAAAAUUCCUUGCAGAGAUUUUUCGUUUUAAAUGUUAAAGGUGCUUGAAAUUGCCUUUCCGGGCCCCUGGUUUGCUGUGUUGUUUUCUAAUGUCUGCUAUCCUUCCCCUUCUUGGAAUCUGCUACCUAGCAUGGGGAUCCAUAUGUAUUUAAGGCUGUACAAUUCCUGUGUUACCAGUCAUUCCAAAGGUAUUAUUCCUUGUGUUUUUGCAGCUUGCUGCUGUACUUAUAGCUUUUACUGUUGCCCAGGAAGAACCUAAUUAUUUCGUACUAAGGGACUUCCCAUUGAGUUUCAGAAAUGCCACUUUAUUCCAGGCCCCUUUUUUUCUUAUCAAUGAGAACAUCCUACUUCUCUGUUUACCCAGAGUCCUGUUGCUGAUGUGGAAAUAAUUGAAGAUAUCUUACUCUCAUUAUCUUUGUCACUUAUUUGAGUUUGGAUUAGGUCUUUGGAUUCCCAAGGUUGUUUAACAUAGUCAAAGUGCUUCAGGUGGUUUAAAAAGGAGAGUUGCUACCUGUGAGACACAAAAUCUAACAACUUGUACAAAAUCCUUCCCUGUUGAGAUGCAGCCCGAGGUUCUGCAGCUUUUCAGCUUUGUGCGCUCAAGCCAACAAUGGUUCAAUUAUUUACCUCCCACUCACAAGUGGAAGAUUCUCUUAACAAGAUCCCAUGGUCCUUCCUCUUAGCUCCCUGAAUUCUUUGACCCUGCAUUUUCAUUGUGAUGCCAAUCCAUUUGUUUCUGUAUGUCUUAUCCAAGAAGACUUGACAAUGACUCUGGAGUUCUGUGUUAGGUUGCAUCCUGUGUCUUUGCUGGAAGGCAGUAGCACUUUUUCUUGUUGUCCUUUUCUGAGCUGAUUGUCUGUUCUUAGCUGGAUUUUACAAAUUAUCAUUGCUUUAAAAAGAAACAUCAUGUAGGCUGGAAAUCAUUUAGAAAAGUCACCCACAAACAGUAACUGAAUCUCAGCCGUGACUAAUGAUAGUAUUGCUGGUCUAUAAUUCAGUUAAAUCUUCAAGAAGGAUUUAAGACUUUCAUAAUUUAAAGCCUUAUGGUUAAUCAACCAUAGCCCUUAUUAGAGUUUUUUGUUGGUUAUCACUGCCAUUAAAACUGCCAUUCUGUUUUACUAGUAUUUUUUUUUUAAUCCAUAGGGUCUUGUUAUGGCUUUGUUCAGUACAUUAAAGUCUUAUUCUAUAAGAAGUCUUUCUUCUUCUGCGAUGAAUUAUAGACCAUGAUCAAGUCACUGCAUUCAUUCUUCCAAACAGCUAAAUUAAAUUGAGCUGGUUUAGGUGUCUCACAUUAAGGCUUGGCUCCAUCAUGUAUUUCUUACCUGUUGCCUUUCUUUCCCUUUCACUUACCAGGCUGUGUAGUGUUCACUUCAAGUCUUGCUACAUUAGACCUCGGUGGUUAUCCUGAGCCACCAAACUUACAAUGCCAUACAAGGCUGUCUAGUUCUUUUAAUGAGAUCUUUUUCUUUAAAUUAAAACAAAGAGCAUUAUGCUUCUUUUCUUAGCUGAGUGCAAACUUUAUCAAUUACACUGUGAUUUUGCCAUGUCAGUGUUAGGUUAACUGCCUUACAGCAACCUGGAUGAGCCCAUUUGCUUUUCAAAUACUUUUAAAGUAUUUGCUGGUCUUCUGGAACACAUUCAGACUUCAAAGUUGUUUGGAAAAGAAAGCCCAUUGCUUCCAUCUGCUUGCCAGAUAAUUCUUUUCAAAUUACAGAUUGUCAGUUUCUAGCUAUGCAACUUUUAGGAUGGUUUAUUUAAUGGGUAGAACUAAACAUCUUCCUAAAUCUCAUUGGCAAUAGGUAAUAUUUCAUUACCUCACAGAUACGUCUACAUCAUCCAACUUUCUUCCUAAUAUAGAAUAUAAUUAUGAGAUUCUGCCUGUCUUCUAUAUUUUAUUGAUUAUUUUAUCAUCUUUAUAUCAACUAAAGGAUAUAUAUCAUGUUUAGGAUUUUCUUCUAAUAUUUUGCAGGUAAUGUACCUGAAAGCUGCCCAAGUUUACUAGUGCAGUUUCAGAACAUAGAAUGAAAUUGCUCUGUACACUUUCUUAACUACAAAAUAGGUACCUGUUCAAUCGUCAUUUCAGGUACAACAGAUUAAAUUUGUGUGCAUGGUUUCUUGUUUCUGUGUAGUAGACCACCAGAUUACUAGAGAGAUGUAGUAACUUGGUCCAACAAACAUUUCGAUUUCAUGUAGUGUCUGUGUAAUGAAUGGAAAAAAAAAUGCAAGAAAAGAAAUCGUGACACCAAAGAA